GAGAGAAGUAUGUACUAUCGCGUUACCAUGCCACUCCCCCUCGAGAUACCCUUGUUCUGACUGUUUUCCUUCACUUCCUUUGUUUUUUCUCUCUCUGAUAUCUACUCUCUGAUAUCUACUUUGUAAAAUACUUCUAUCUUCUCCCCUUGUCUCAGAAACGAACGCACUUUGAUAAGUGUCGACUCGACCGUUUACGAGGGUCUGGAAGCUAUCACCAGUGUUAACAGUUCGAAAUCAAAAUCCAGGCAAAUUCCUCAACAAGACCAGCUUCCCGCCAGAGUUCCAUGAAACUCGAUAUCUACAAUCAUAUCACUGCCGAGCUGCUUUCGUGGGGUAAAACGACAACAUGGCCGGACCAGGGCGCCCACGGCGCAGAAGAGGCUCUAGCGCAUCCAUCGACUCGACCGACGAUAGGCGCCGGCGAUGGACAAGAGAGUUGGCGAUCCUUAAGCCGGUCACCCCAGGCACGUCGGAUGACCUGUGGCCAUAUUUUGCCGUGUUGACGGAUGCCACUAUUUACCAAAAGGACGGAAAGACGCUGGCAAACCCGUUACAUGUCGAUCUCGAGGGGCCAUUUAUCGUACGCGGAAAACUUGAACCGGUGGAAGACGGUGACGACGAAGCUCGCGAAUGCUUCCACAAGCCUUACAACAAAGCGACGUAUAUCGAAAUCUCUAGAUCGGAACGAUACUCGAUCGGAUAUGAACCUAACACCCUUUGGGUUUCUGGCGCAUCGGGAUGGUUCGAAAUCAUUCCCUCGAGGAAAUACGAAACCAUGUACAACGAGGUGAUGGAGGCAAUCACCCUAUACUAUGGCAUCAUGGGUCCGUACGAGGAGCACAAGAGGCUGCUAAAGAAGGCCGACAAGAAGAAGCGCAAGGAUGUAAAGCCACCAUCUUUGGACGAAAUCUUCUUUUCAUACGCGCUGACGGCAGGAGAUGGAGCUGUCACGGUGAAAGAAGAAGUCGAGGCCCGAUGUCUGAAGUGGGCACAGUUUCUGUUAGCUCAUUUUCCCAAGGAAUCCGAGAUCAGAUGGCAGGACACCGGGUUUGCCGCUUGGCUGCAAUCAGCCCGCCCAGACCUUCAAAAGAAGAUCAGCGACGUCGCUGCUGGAUUGCUCACCAAGCCAGCUGCUGAGCCGGAAGGUUUACUUGCGCGGGACGAUCACUCGCCUCAACCCCAAAGCUUAGCGAUUCGUGAACCACCGAAAGGCGGCAGGACGACCAGGACCAGUCGACAGGCUAGUGAGCUGUCAGACCAACGCUCAGACAAAGGGAAGGGUAUAGCCAGAGACAGCCCUGUGGAAACUCCGAUCCCAGCCCCAGUGUCAAACCGACACCUAUCUUCAAGUUCCCCUCGCCCUCGGGCGUCGCCCGCCGUCAUCACUGGUAGUGACGACCUUCCCGAUGACCCAGUCGACAGGCUCAUCGUUCUGUUGGGAGAAGUUGCCCAACGUAUUGACAUCAAGACGGUGAAAAUGUCAAAAAUCAAUUCGGACUUAUUCUACAACUGCAGGAUCAAAUACUACAAUGCCGCCAGGGAGCUAUGCGAGCACUUUGCAAAGGAUCUUCUUGAGCGACUACCACCAAUGUGGGACAACACACCAUAUAGGGCUUGGCUCGAGGACGUUGUUGAGAAUGGACGCCCUGCUCCAGUGGAAUUCGUAGUGGAGGAUAUUCCUCAAUAUUUAACUCGUCGAACCCGGCGGCAAACACAUAUAAGUCGCUUGUCCAGCGCUCUCGGGCCUACCCCUAGUGUUGAAGCCGAGUCAAAGGAUGAAGUCCGGGCUGGAAAGCAACCUCGGGUAGGCCGUCCAUCCGGCAAGGUGGCCACCCUGCGUGUGGCAGGCUCCAAGCGACUCGCAUCCGAUAUGAUUGAUGAAGACGAACUGCCGCCCCGGCGCGGACGAAAAGCCCUAAAAAGAACAGUCAGGGUGGAGGAAGACGAGGACAGUGACGCAAACAGCGUCAUCAUUGAUAUGACUGACAACACGGGCGUCAUACCGAAAGACGCAGUCCGAAUAGUAGUCCAGGCUGAGCGCCUCCCGACCAUGUCACCGGCCGGUCCUAACGGGACCUGGACGUGCGAUCAGGAAGGGUGCAACUACGUGGUCCGGUCGGCGGACGAGCCCGAGGGCCAGGAUCUCAUCUCGAAGCACUUCAAGGACCACGAGGAGCAGGCGCAGAAGAUCAACUUGGCCAUGGAGGAAAGUAAGGCCGGACAUUUGCCUAUCAAUCAUCUCCUCGAUAAAAUCCAGGCGAUGGGAAAGAAUGCCCUGGCUAAGAAACGGGGUUCGCUGAACGGGGAACCGCUGCCACUCCCGAUCAAACGUCGGUUGUUGAUUUAAGUCGACAAAAUAAAUGGCCUUCCUGCAUUAUUGCUCCUGCGGCCUCCAUGAACCGAUUUCGUCAUGCGUGGGAGCAAUUGCCUCGGACUUACAAUGGCGGCUCGGAAAGGUCACCACUGGUAGUUGAAUGAUACCACCCUUUGUUCGUUGUUCUUAUACUGUACCACACACAAUGUACUUGGCUUUGGGUGGUGGCCAAGCUUAAAUGAGAUUUGGGAUACCUGCGAAUUAAGGUGUUUUGGAGUUCGUGGGGAUUCAGGUUCUACGGAGGCUUGAUUCGUUGUUGCCAGGUAGAGCAUCUUUAAGGUGUCAAAGGGGGCUAUGGCUAGAAUACGUUGCUCAUUAGUCUCUCACAUUGCUUUGUGAAAGGGCAGGUCUACCUGCUGGCUGGCUGUGUACCUAUACUCAUGAAGGGUUCAAGCGUUGCUCUAAAGAGUUCAACGACGGCGAAGACUAUCAGUGUUGUUUGGACCAGCGUGGAUCAUCUCGGGAAGUGUUCCUGUUUCCACUUCAUCCCCAAGCAUCCAUUCUUCUUGCUCUGCUCGACAAUUGGUAUAAUUGCUCCUGUUUGUUCGCUAGCUAAAAAAAAUCGAAUCGCUUGCCGACCAGUAAACCAGUAAAGCCAACGCUACGCUUUGCCCAGCCUGUCUUCCUGUAUACACCUAUUCCACUUCCUUCCUCCUCCUUAACUCUCCUCUCCUCUCCUCUAUCGCAUCCUAGGAUUACUAGGCAACCCCAUCCUCCCUCCUCCCGGCGGCAGUCUAGGUCCGCUCGGCAAUCCCACAUUUCCAUGACCACCAUCAUAGCCCCCUCCUCCUCCUACGGACCCUGCCCUCUGCUGGGAAGCAGCAGCAGGCGGCGCAAACGGCCCAGUCCCACCCGAGUUUCCAGGACUAGUCGUCCUCGACCCGCCCCACAGCCUCUGCUUCAAUUUGUCCUGCGCACUAAUCCCACUGCUCCCACUGUGCUGCGCAGGCAUCGACGCCACGCUACUAGCUGCUCCGCCUCCUGCUGCGGAGCCGUAAGGCCCCGAUUGUUGAUGGCCAGCGUACCCCCCAUUGCUGCUGGUGCUGCCGGCUCGUAGACUCUGCGGCGCUCCUCCUCCUUGAUGCUGUCCUCCUGCUUGAUACCCACCGCCGCCAUGAUGGCCGGGGGCGGCGUUGACAGGUGACGAAGCAGCUGAGGAAGCAGCGGCGCCGC